CGCCCUCAGUCAUAUCAGAACGACAGCAUCAUGUUCCGUCUGGUGCUCUCCUGUCUGGUGCUGGGCGCCGCCCUCGCCAAGCCGUCGCCUGGCGAGGCCUAUGGCGAAGUCCCGGAGAUCUCUCCGCGACUGAAGUCCGAGGCUCAGCCGCUGCCGGAGCCCGACUCCAAAGAGAGGGCCUCGUACACGCUGGCUGCUGGAAGCUACUCCGUGACUUCGCCCAACUACCCGGACAACUAUCCGAAUGGCGUUUACCGGAGCUAUACACUCCAGGGACGCGACGGUCAGACUAUCUCCAUCUCUUGUGAGAGAUUCAACGUAGAGAGCCACAGCUCCUGCUCGUAUGACUUCCUCUCCGUCAACGGCCAGCGGUUCUGCGGCUUCACCGGGCCCAACGUGAGCGGCACCGUUCUGGAUGUCAUCUUCAGCACGGACGGCUCCGUCAGGAGGAGCGGCUUCUCCUGCACUAUCACUGUGCCGACAGGCAGCGGCAGCGGCAGCACGGCGGCCACCACCGCGGCCACCACCGCGGCCACCGGCAGCCCCUCCGGCGACCAGUGCUGCGGCGUCGCCAACCGCGCCUCCCGCAUCGUCGGCGGUGUGCAGACCGAGGUCAACGAGUACCCGUGGCAGGCGGGUCUGGUCAGCACGGGCGGCAGCCGCACCUGGUGCGGCGGCACCGUCAUCAACAACCGCUACGUGCUGACGGCGGCCCACUGCACCGCCGGCCAGUCGGCCAGCGGCAUCCAGGUCCUGCUGCGUGAGCACCGCAUCGGCACCUCGGACGGCGAGAUGCGCUUCAGCGUGGCGCAGAUCAUCGACCACCCGUCGUACACAUCCGCCUCCGGGUCCGGCUACGACUUCUCGCUGCUGAAGCUGUCGACCACCAUCGACUUCUCGUCGCUGUCCAACAGGGUGGCCCCGGCGUGCCUGCCGACCGGCGGCGAGUUCUCCAACGUGAACGCCAUCGUCAGCGGCUGGGGAACCACCUCUUCGGGCGGCUCUCAGGCCACCGUGCUGCGGGAGGUCACCGUGCAGACCAUGACCAACGACCAGUGCCGCCGGGCGUACGGCUCCACCAUCAACAGCAGCAUGCUGUGCGCCGGCGUCGAGGCCGGCGGCAAGGACUCCUGCCAGGGCGACAGCGGCGGCCCGCUGGUGACCGACGUCAGCGGACGCUACACGCUCAUCGGCGUAGUGUCGUGGGGCGCCGGCUGCGGCGACGUCGGCUACCCGGGCGUCUACGCGCGCGUGACCGAGGUCACCAGCUGGAUCCAGCAGAACACCGCCGACGCCAGCCUCUGCUAACGGCUUUGUGGAAAGAACGGUUGACGAUUUCGAAUUUCCUCUUGUAGGUAGGUACAUUUUUUUAGUAACAUUGCUUGAAAAUGAAAUGGUUUUCGUCUGACAACAUUCACAAACAAUACAAGUCUUGGUGUUGAUGUGCAUUGUUCGUCUGAGUGACGUCCAGACUUCGGACUUAAAAACGUUUGCCAUAAAGUCCUGCAUCAAUAGAAAUCCGUAAACUAA